CAUAGGUAUCUUCUAUAUGGAGACGUAUCUGCAAAAGCAGGCCAUAUGUUUUCCCAGCCUGAGGUUUCUGAUUUCUUUGCUAAGUUAAUACAAAGGGUCUCACCAAAGAGUUACCAGUAGGCUCUCGGUGUAGUUUAUGUUACCGGAAAGUUUUUAGAAAACUUUUCUGGUGAUCAGGUGCGUUUCUUGGCAAGGUCGUUCGGAGUACCUGGGAAUCAUCUUGGGCAACAAAGUCAUGGUUUCCGAUGGCCAUAUGGCCCUGUGGCGUUAAUUACACCUUUCAAUUUUCCUCUAGAGAUUCCGGUACUCCAGUUGAGGAUGUCGACUUUAUUAAUUCUGAUGGAAUGACGAUGAACAAGCUGCUGCAAGAGGCAAAUCCGAGAAUGACCCUUUUUACGGGUAGCUCGAAAAUAGUAGAUAAGUUGGCUUAUGACCUGAACGGACGAAUUAAAGUAGAAGAUGCAGGAUUCGACUGGAAAAUCCUCAGGCCUGAUGUUCACAAGGUGGAUUAUGUGUCAUGGGUGUGUGAUCAAGAUGCAUAUGCAUGUAUUGGCCAAAAAUGCCUAACACAAUCGUUGUUAUUCGUUCAUGAGAACUGGAAAAACAGCUCACUCAUGAGUCACCUAAACCACCUUGCGGGGAGAAGGACGCUUGAUAAUUUAACAAUUGGGUCAGUUCUUAGAGUUAUAACAGAAGCAAUGCUAGACAACAAAUGAAAUUACUUUUCCUUGUUGAAGUUGUAAUUCACCAAGGUUUAUAGCUUGCCGUGCCUAGAAACAAAAGAUAGACCUGGAUUGCUCUUAUGAGAAAUAGUCAAGAUAAUGGCAUAUGUCAAUACUACUGUGGGGUCAGCUCGAAUUGAUAGUCAAGUAUGUUACCAAUCCCCUUCCUGGGUCAAACGGGAUGGAUUGGAUUGGGUUGGAUUGACCUAUUAGAAAAGUUGUAUUGAUUUAUAAUUUGCUAUAAAUAGUUAAAUAUUUAUGAUUAAGAAAACGAUAAUAAUAUAAUAUCACAUGAAUUGUUUCUGUUUUUCGGUUAAAAGAUUUAGUAGGCUGUAUGCUCUAAUAUCAUACUUGACUUUUGUUCACUUUCGACGUGUUCCUAUAUCAGCUUAUUCUUUAUUUAU